AUGGAUGGGCGAAUUGCAAGGCUUCAGGGGGCUGCGAAAGAGCUAGAGAGUUGGGUUGGCCUUGGUUGCCUUGUGAUAGGCUGGUGCAUAUGCGUCCGUCCCGUGGGUUGGUUUUUCUUGGGUGUAUGUGUGGGCGUGUCAGGUAUUGGCGAGGCUGGCGUUUUCUGUCGGCUCAACAAAAGCCGUGCUGACGACGUUGAGGAGUGUCAUCUAGCAAUUUGUCGUCUCUUCUUUGCCAGACGUCUUAUAUCGAGCGCGGAUUCCGACUUCGAUAAACAGAAUAGUAUACCAGCAACAGCAGUACCGACGAUGGUUCGUGAAGUCAAUACCAGGCCCGAAAUUCGGGAAACGGAGGCGCGGCGGCGCGAGUUGGCUGAGGUUGCUCUCGCGGUGAAGCCUGAGGUGUACGGUUCCGGUGUAGAUGCCAUGUUGGACAGACAGCUUCAGGAGCUUGUGGACAAUCACAAAGCUUCUGGCUCCGGCGAAAUCAGCAAGGAGGUCUUGAUGGAUCCCAAGCCUCGUGAAGCUAUCGACCAGGGAUGGGUCGACGUUGGCGACGCCACGACCGAAGCGUCUCUCGAUACACAAGGUACAGGAACCGGUGAGCGAGAACCGAUCACCGUAAACGCUUCAAGAGCAGGGACCGACCUGGACAUAAAACUACACGAAAUCACUGCUCAGGGAUCCCUGAGUGAAAUACGGGAUCUUUUACAACAGGGAGCGAACCCAAACACAUUAUCCGCCCAAGGAACCCUUCCCCUCUGCGAACACGCCCGGCGCGGAAACAUGGACGCGGUCAAGUCACUCCUCGACCACGAAGCCGAUAUCAACCUAUCCGACGCGAGCGGUCGAACAGCGAUAUCCUACGCCGCGGAAACGACGAACCCGGCGAUGGCCCGCUUGUUGAUGGUGGUCCCGGGCAUAGACGUGAACCUCAAAGACAGUGAGCUUCGGGCGCCGGUGUGGUAUGCCCUCUGCGCGUGGAUCAAGUCCGGUCGGAUCUUUGUUCCUGAUACGGAUACAUUGUUUGUGCUUCUUGAGGAUGAGAGGGUGAGGGUUGGGGAUGUCGAUGGGGAGGGGAGGGGGUUGCUGCAUCUUGCUGCUGCGGCUGGGGCUGCGGAUCUUGUGGAGUUUUUGUGUGGUAGGGGUGAUGUUGAUGUGAAUCGUCGAGAUGGGAGGGGACGUACUGCUGUUGCGUAUGCUUUGGGGUGGAAAGAUGUUGGGGUGCUUGGGGUGUUGUUGAAGUAUGGUGCUGGGAUCACGGUGGUUCAGGGGAAGGGGUUUGAGGUUGUUUCUCCGAGGCGGAGGAGAAGGUGGGUUGAAGGGCGAUGGUGCUAUGCUCGUAUCAUAGACUGA